AAUCCCGCACCAAUGGAAUCUAGCGCCGUGCAAAGGGGACUGGAGGACGGGCAGAAUGAGGGAGCCGUGAUGUGUGGCUACUUGAAGAGCAUCAUGGAUGGGUACAAGCAAAAGAUGGUGUCGCCCGGCAGGCACAUGCUCCUUCCACUAGCCAUCAUGAGAUGUGGCUUGACAGCACUCACCGGGCGCGAAGCAUCAAUAAAUGACGUGCUACAUGUAUUGUCGGCUUCUGCAUUUGAUGCCGUGGACAAGCUUUUCGCCGCUGCUGAAAAGGCCGGGGGCAGGGGAGAUACUGUGAAGAAGCAAGCGGAACUCCGUCUGAAGGCUCAAGAGCAGCAAUUCUGGAAGAAGCAGGGGGGGGAGCAAGUUACCCUCAAAGAGCUGUUGGACAGGGAUCCAGCUUUGGCGUCUGGCUUUGAGUACAAUAUCGAUACGUUUCAUGUGAAUGAAAAGAAGCAGCUAGCUCCGGACACGGGGUUUGCCCACGGCGGACCACGAACUGGUCCGGCCUACGCCGAGCUACUCGAGUCAGCCAACGCGAUGACCGAGCGCCCCGAACCACACGUUGGGUGGAGAGGCGGUCCGGCAAGCGGAGUAGGCCCGAUGAGGGGGAUUGCUACAGCGAAGACGGGGUUCGGCUGGUGUGGGAGGAUGUAUCCGUGGCACAACAUUUUACCAUACACUUCCACCACGUAAUGUUACGAUGCGCCGCUCGACAAAAGGCAGGACGACUGAUGACGCCACAGGAAGUAGCUAGGGAGAUCGCCACGUGUGCAGAGCAUUGGGCGGGCAUUCAUGGACAUUGCCAUCGAGA